GGACCGGGAAGUGCUACUCUCACCUCUGUGGGUAACGCCGUUUCGAAGAAGCGAUUCAUCGCUUUUAUUAAUAUAGAUUGGUUUUCGGAUGCCGCCCAAGACGGUGCCACCGCAUUACGAGUGCCUCGGCGUGGACCCCUCCAUCAGCGACGCCGACCUGUCCCGCCACUACAAGAAGCUCUCGCUGCAACUGCACCCCGACCGCGCGGCGUACCGCAAUGACGCAGUGAAUGAGGUGCACGUCCAGGCGCGCUACCAGCGCAUCACGGAGGCGUACGCGGUGCUGUCCGAUCCAGCGAGGCGCUGCGCCUACGACACAAAGCACGCCGUCAACUUCCAGUCUCGUCUGGUUCGCUUGCAGGCGAUGAUAGGGCAGCACAACACCUCCGCGCUGAGGCCGUCGUCGACAACUGCAGAGGCCGCAGAAGGGGAAGGGGAAACAGGAAGAGCGGGCUCGGCAUCACACGGGAACGCAUCCCAGCACGGACAGGCGACACCGACUACGAAAGAUCCCACCGCGAACGGCCCCGCAGAGGGAAGCGACGAGAAGCAAGGUGAAUACAACGAGGACGAUGACGAGGACGAUUAUGUUCCUGCGCCAAUCGUUCCUUCCCGAACGAGAGGGAACCGUACAAGCUCGUCUACCGGACGGGGCGACGACGGCGAGACACGGCCGGGAGAAGAGGACACCGAUGAGGACGAGUGGGGCAACAGGGUGCGGAAUGUGUUUCAUCUGCUGCCCCGCGCAGCUUCCUCGGGGGCGGGGCUUACAGAAGAUGGCGUGCCGAUCACGCAGUAUCGUGGCGUGACGCUGAUGCGGAGACGAUCCGUAGGCACCUCUGAUCAGCUCGCACAUACUCAUGACACGGACUCUCAGUGGGGGCUUGUUUUGGAUGGGAAUGUCUUGCUUGGUUUACAGGAUGGUACACCAGAGGAAACGAGGAGUGAGACGAUCGCGGGUCUUGCGGAGGUUGUUUUCCCCUCAGCGGUUCAGCAAGUCAAUGACACGAUGGUGCAGGCAAGAACAAACGUUACGCAACUUCUCAGCAGCCGCAGCCCUCAAGGGAGUACUAUAGUACCUGCUGUCGUUGAUCUCACCUCCGCCUUGACGACGACAACUGACGAGCCUGCCGCCACGGAACAAGUACAGAUGGUGCUCGCCUUUUGCACAGAGUCGUUCGAUCUUGUUGGUGACACGCACCUUCUCCGUGAUGACACGAUUCUGCGCGAUCUCGUGCCGGACUGGUGUGUGGCGGCAGAGAUGCCUGCUCUCAUGCCUGGCGUCCGCGUUGUGUCGGUAAAUCAGGCUCUGGUUGACUCUGCUGAGGAUCUGCGACGGGCUCUGCGCAAUGCCACCGACGCGCUGUCGUCGCCGAUAUUGCCGUCGUCGAAGAACACCGCAGGAGACGUGGUGGCUGCUGCAAAGCGUCCUCGCACAACUCGCUCUAUUGUUGUGGAGUGUUGCGCGCUCCCUUUUAUCUAA